AUCCUUUUAUACCUGACAUGACACUACAUUACAAUACAAGUUACAUUAUCUAAGUACCUACCUACCUACCUAGGUAAAAAUCUUGAUUUGAUGUUAGCAAAACUCAAACAAAAGGCAAUAGGUACUUAUACCGUCACAGGUGUUUUUGUCUCUACUAUUGUUCUCCCAGUUUGUACGUUGUAGGACAUCGUCGUUGUCAGUUUUUAACAAAGAAUUUAUUGCCUUACUGAACACUUACAAGAUGCAUAAAGUUUAUUCUAAAAAUAGUUGCUAUCUAUUAAAUUCAAACACAUUAUUUGUUUAAUUUUUUUGCAGCCAGUUGCGGUAUUAAUAAAAGUCUUACUGCGACAUCUGUUCUUAAAUUUCCCUUACCAGCUCUGAAACUACCGACAAAUGUCGUUGAUAUAAAUGCCACUGAAAUGAGUAGAUUUUCACCACAACGUGACAGAGAUAUAUCGGGACCUGUGAUAAAAUAUCAUUAUGAAAAAAUACAACAUCUUCCGAAGAUAGAUAUAACAAGUCAACCAGAUCCAUAUGUAAAUAAAUAUGAUUGUCGUGGUGCUUUGAGUCUGUCUUCUUCGAUGCAGAGCAAUGUCCCAAGUCCUUUUAGUGGAAAUCACACUCAUCUUGGCAUGCCAGGCUCACAAUGGGGACAAGGACAUAAAUACUUGUCAGAUCAUUUACACAGUGCUCAUUAUUUGACUUUGAGAAAUCAAUAUAGAAACAAAACAACCAGCACAGUUAUAACAUUUUCAACAAGAGACAUGAGUUCAAAGGUGGAUCCCCCCAUGAGUGCCAAAGAGAAGUUGAAAAAGGCCGUUAAAGAAUAUGGCUCAACAGUGAUUGUAUUCCAUGUCUCCAUAUCAAUCCUGUCUUUAGGGGGAUGUUACCUCCUCAUCUCUAGUGGUGUCGACAUUGUAGCAUUGCUGAAAUAUUUCAAUAUUGGUGAAGGCACGGUGUCAAAAGUAGUAUCAUCAAAUGCGGGAACUUUCGUCGCAGCUUAUGCGGUACACAAAUUGUUGGCUCCAGUCAGGAUAGCAAUAACAUUAACAGCUACCCCUUUUAUUGUUCGAUAUCUAAGGAAUGUUGGUUUUCUAAAACAUAAUUUAAGAAGUGGUGGUGGGAAAUAAAUCAUUUUAUAGCAAAAUAAAUGAGUAUAUCACUAAA